AUGUCUGUCGAUUUCGCCGGAGCUGCCGUGGGAACAACAUUCGGCGAGCUGUGCUUGCUUGUUAAGCGCGUAGUCAACACCGUCGCCACAUUUCGUUCACACCUCGAGAAGAUUGAUUCCACGUUGAGCGAGAUGGAGCCGAUCAUAAAGGAUAUAUACCAUCUCUAUGAACAGCUGGACCGUUUGGAAGAAAUGGAUCCAAUCAAGAAAUUAUUGGAUGAAGGCAAAGGAUUGGUGGACAAGUGCCGGAAGAUCCACUGGCUCAACUGGUACAAGAAGCACACGCACUCGAACAAGCUGAUCAAGUACAACACCGCUAUCCGUGAAAAGCUCCACAAUUACAUUCUGCUGCUCGCCGCAAGGAACAAUGCGGAGAUUUUGAUGACCAUGGGCGAGAUCAGGUCCAGCUGCUUUGGUCAAGCACAUGCUGAAAAUAAUGGAAAGAAAGGGUCAUGCUACCGCUGCCUUAAAGGGAACAGAUUCACAGAAAAAGAAGUUUGCAUUGUUUGCAAUGCAAAGUAUUGUCAGAAAUGUGUAUUAAGAGCUAUAGGAUCGAUGCCUGAAGGCAGAAAAUGCGUCACCUGCAUAGGCUUUAGGAUCGAUGAAAUAAAUCGAAGUAACCUGGGGAAAUGUUCUAGAAUGCUAAAGUGGCUCUUGCCAGAAUCAGAAAUUAAGCAAAUAAUGAGUGCUGAGGUAUUGUGCCCAGCAAAUGAAAUCCCCCCAAACCUUGUUUAUGUGAAUGAUGAGCCUCUUGAUCAUGAAGAGUUGCUUCUGCUGCGGGGCUGCCCAAAUCCUCCGAAAAAGCUAAGGCCAGGAUACUACUGGUACGAUAAAGUAGCUGGGUUUUGGGGUAAGGAGGGGCAGAAACCAUGCCAAAUAAUCGGUGCCCAGUUAAAUGUUGGGGUUUUCAUUAAGAGAAAUGCUAGCAACGGAAACACAGACGUAUUGAUUAAUGGCCGGGAAAUUACGAAACAAGAGGUUUGGAUGCUCAAGAUGGAUCCUAUCAGGAAGCGGGGCAGAAGUAUGCUAAAGACCGCAUAUGGGAGAAGUUGGAUAAAUAUCACAAUAAAGGCACUUUCUCAAUGGCGAGACAUGUUUGAUUCCAGCUUUAUAUUCAGUGCUAAUAUAAUCACAAAUUCGACUGCUCUGUCUCGCCAACUGAGGCUCUCUUUCAUAUCAGGCUGUGGAGACUUUAAAAGAAGAGUAGUGCCCUUUGAUAUGGAUAUUCUGUGCGCAGAGGGAAUGAUCUCUUCUAAUGGUAUUGCAAGCAUGGAAUUUUCAUUUCCCACGUCAGCAAAAGCAGAUGAAUACAUAGACUCCAUUGAUCAGCACUACAGCAUGAUGAGGUACCAACUCAUCAGGGUGCAUCCUAGAAGCCUAGGGGAAAACUGCAAGUGGUUGGAGAUGUUCGAAGAUGUUAAUAUCGUCUUGUUCUGCAUCUCAUUGACAGAAUACGAUGAGUUCUAUGAGGACAAUAAAGGAUUACUGAUAAACAAGAUGAUGGCAAGCAAAGAGCUUUAUGAAAGUGUCCUCACUCAUCCGACCUUUUAUAAAAAGGACUUCCUUCUGAUUAUGAGCAAGUUCGAUCUGCUCAAAGAAAAGAUUGAACAGUCUCCUUUAACUCAUUGUGAAUGGUUUGGUGAUUACCAUCCACUGAUCGACCAUAAAUCCAAUAUUGGGACUUAUGUAAAUCUGGCUCCUGCAUUGGCACGACGUGCUUUCCACUACAUGGCAGUGAAGUUCAAACGGCUCUUCCAUUCGCUUACUGAACGCAAGCUGUAUGUUUCCCUAGUUACGGGACUUGAGCAGGAUAGUGUGGAUGAAUCUCUUAAGUAUGCGAGGGAGAUUAUGAAUUGGGACGAAGAAGAUAUCACUUUCAUCGAUAGGGAAUCUUCUUUGAGUUUGGAGGCAAGCACCUCUUAGUUUUUUUUAAUUUUAUUCUCUUUCACUCUCCCAAUUGGGCGACCAUCUGGUUAUGCCUAAUUAAGAAGGCGUGGCUCCAUAAACUUUUGUCAAUAUAUACUGGCAAUUAGGUGGAUCAUAUGAAGUGAAAUAGCUUUGACUUUUUUAUUCCCUCUUAUGAUGCAUUCAGAAGAUGUACUCAUGUAAACGUAGAAUGGAAUGCAUCUCUUAUUGUAAACCGUUCUCUGAAUGGAUAAAUGAAAGAACUAUUCUGGCCA